AUGAGUGGGGGAAUUCCUUAUUUAGGGAGUAAGAUAAGUCUUAUUUCGAAAGCUGAAAUUCGGUACGAGGGCAUUUUAUACACAAUAGAUCCAAAUGAAUCUACAGUUGCACUGGCAAAAGUUAGGUCUUUUGGUACCGAAGACAGGCCUACAGACAGACCAGUUCCUCCAAGAGAAGAAAUAUUUGAAUAUAUUAUCUUUCGUGGAAGUGAUAUAAAAGACCUUCAUGUGUGCGAGCCUCCUAAGCAACAAUCUAUCCAUGGUUUGCCUGCUGACCCAGCCAUUGUUAAGGUAUGA